UCAGAUUCUGCAUUUUAAAAAAGUACUGCAGAAUUUCCGUUUUCAUGCCAGUCGCGCUCAAUCGGAAAACGUGAGCUUCUGUCUUGUGCAGUGGUGAUCAGACUUGCAGGCUUUUUUAUUUCGCUUUUUUAUUUUUUCGUACCAUGAUACUUCCACUUGCGUCCCAUGAUUGUUCGAAUUUCAAUUAUUAUUAAAACGAUUGCCUGAAUUUGCAGUGCUAUUUAAUUUGGCUUUUCGAAAGGAUUACCGAAUUAUUCUGUUCAACUUGUUGACAGAUGGAUACAAAUUACAAUGAUCACGAUUAUUAUUGCACGUUACGGAACGGCUUGCUUCCCUUUUUUCUGCUACGAGUAUAUAUUUGUCCUGCAGAAGACAUCGGAUGGUGUCUGCAAUUAUAACGUGGAUCGGAGUUGCUCCAGCUGCGUAUUAAUAUUUACUCUGGAUACAGCGAGCCUGUGCAAGUGCCAGUGUUACGCGUACCCUUUGCAACGUAUAAACGCAACGACACAAAACCGAUUUCCAGCCUGCUGGAACAGAGUUCACUUUUUUCGUUUUGUGUACCAUGGAAUGCGAGGUGGAAUGUCGGCAGCCUUUGAUGGCCAGUCGAAACACAAAAGCCGAGCCCAGGCGUUCGCCCGAAAUUGUCCAGCGCAUCGUUCGCCCGAAAUUGUCCAGCGCAUUUUUUGUGGCUGCUGGGCAGUGCUGGCUGAUGGCACAUUGGUAAAUAUUUCUGUGUGAGAAACGGAAUUAGCGACAAAACAAACCGAUAAUAAUGGAUAACCAAAAACAAUUCGUUGCCGCAAAAUAUGAUCGCUAACUACUACAGCUUUACUUACUGUAAUUAACAAUUUAACACUAAUUGGUGACCUUAAUUAGCGAGCGCUCGUAGAAGCGAGCAUCUUUCGCAGACAACCACGCAGUUUUACUUGUCUGGUUUCAUAAAUCGCGUAUCAGCAUUUGCGCAGAGUGAUUCUUGAUUUCCGAGAACUGCGAGAAGGAAUUCGCGACGGGAAGGAAAAUCUGGGCACGGAACUGUUGGCACUGGGCGUCGUACACGCAGUGAGGUGGGCUGGCGCAUUUUUGACUGCCAACGCGCAUCGGCUGCCGAAUUCGAAACACCAAACCGUCGUUCCCGUUGUGCGUUUUUAUAAAAUCGGGCAGAGAGAUCGCUGGACCAGGGCGGGGUUAGCUCGUACAACAGGUAGUCCGGUACGACUGUCCCAUGCAACAGGUACGACCGUACAGCAAGCAAUAUGCGCUCGACGGUUCGAGUUGAGAGUUGAAACUGGCAGUCUGUUCUGUUGCAUUCCUCACUUGAGCAAUUUUCCUGCCUGCUAUUUUUAACGAUUACAAAAUUACCCUGUCUUUUUCCCAAUUUCUUACCCGUUUUUACAUAACGUUUUUUCCGAUGCCGUCAAGGCUCCUCUACUCUGUGACCCGAAAGUCCUGCGCUGUUCAUCGGAGUACCCCGUUGACAUUGAUUGUUGAGAAGAUUCUGUGGCUCGCUGAGCGUUUAAUUCUCCCGUUUUUUUCCAUAACACAACAGUUUUUGGGAAAUAUCCAACAUGCGCCAAGAUUCACAAAUGUCGCAUUGGCAAAGAAUGCCUACUUACGCCGAGCAAAACGCCGAAAUGGCACGUGCGAUGAAGGCACUGGUGCCGGCGCAGGACGAGCGCUCUCUUCUGGAUCAGCUGUUCCACCUGGAAGGGGAUACCGGAGCAGCUCUCAAGCAGUACUACGCUCUGGCAGAGCAGUUGACCGCGCAUCUGACCACAAACCCACUGCCCACCGACAAGGCUGAAAUCCAGCACCUUAUCGAGAAGCAUCGCCUGAUAGCGCACUUUUUGGAGCAGCGUACCGCACUGGCAUUCCGGAUUUUCUUCCAAGAACUCGGCAAAGUUAUUGUCAUCAAUGAUAAGAUCUACAACGAGAUCAUCGCGGUCCAUAAGCGGCUGGAGGAUGUUGACACAGCAGUUCAGGGCCUCAAGACCUCGUACAACGCCAUGGAAGAGAAGGUUGACCAGAUUAUGAAAGACGUCACGGCGAUGCGUGGAGAGAUGAACAUCAUGAAGGGGGACAUCACUCUUAUGCAAGCGGAUAUAACGGAACUGAAGGGGAAGGUCGACACCAUCGGCACCGACGUGGGGGAAGUGAAAGGCUUGCUGAACCAGCUGAUCCAGCAAAAUGCUGCACUGCAGACCCAGUUGACGCAGCAGAACGCGGCGCUGCAGCGGGAACGUGACCAUAACGAGCGAUAUACCUGGAUUACGGUCACUGCUUUGGCCGAGGAAGCGAAAUUUUCGCCAGCCCAGAUGUGCAGCUGACGUAAUCGUGUUAAUCGGGCGUACAGUCAGAUGGUGGAGGAUGAGAUGGCAAUGGAGAUCCCGAUGGAGGUGUAGAAGGCUCCAGCUGUAUGCCCCCACUGCGUGCUGCCGUUUUACUUUUUUAUAGUGUUACCUUUUUUACAGUGGGGGACAAUUUUUUGAGGACUGGUUCUCAUUGUUACGUUUGUUUACAUGAGGUAUUAUGUUGCUUAGUAGUUCGAUGUUGCUGUUUUUAAGGAGCGCAGCGUGCCUGCGUUUUUCGGAUUAACGCUCCUUGUUUUGUUAUUUGAACUGGUCUAAUUGUUACGCGGUGAUGUUGAACGUUUCAUCCUGCAGUGAGUUGCAUUUUUUUGGUAUUUGAUGUGGAUAGUCGUUCGUGACACUUUCUGUAAUCACUUUUCGUGAUAUCUGAUUUGUAUAUCUGUUUGGCUUUGUAUUUUGUCGAGCAACAAAA